AUGAAGGUGCUACUGUGUCCUGCUGCUCUUCUCCUACUAAUGGCUCCUUUCAGUCUGGAGCUGUGUCAUGGUGCCAAGGUGCUGAUCAUGCCUACCGUAGUCUUUGACAGCCACUUGCGAGUCUUCAUGAGAGUGGCAGAGGCAUUGACUGAUCGGGGCCAUGAUCCUGUGCUACUUCUUCAUGAGGGUCGGGAUGUGGAAACCUACCUGCCAGGCUUCCGCAUACAGAGGUACUGGGGCGUCUUCAGCAUGGAGAGCGCGGACGCCUGGGUGCAGGAGAAGAUAAAGCGUGUCUUCCAAGGGAAGAUGACCUCUCUGGAGGUGUUCUCCUUUCUGGAGAAGUACCUGGAAAACUGUGACCUAGUUCUGGGAAACUCUACCCUUCUGCAGAAACUCCAGCAUGAGCGCUUUGACCUGCUGUUGGUGGACCCCAAUGAGAUGUGUGGCUUUAUCCUGGCCCAUCUCCUCCAUGUCAAAUACGCUGUGAUCUCCACUGGUUUCUGGUUCCCAGCAGAGAUUGGUGCCACUUCCCCCAUUGCCUAUGUCCCUGAGUUCAACUCCCUGAUGACAGACAAAAUGAGCUUCUUUGGCAGGACUUGGAAUCUCCUGGUCUAUAUGAUCACUCGUGUGGCCACAAAGCUGGUCAUCCUGCCCAAGUUUGAACGUCUCAUGGAGAAGCACAGGGUGGAGCCCAAGACAUCCAUGUUGGACCUUGUCCAUGGAACCAGCCUCUUCUUCCUCUGUAAUGAUGUGGUGCUGGACUUUCCCCGGCCAACACUUCCCCAUGUCAUUUUCACAGGGGGGAUCCUUGCUGAGCCUGCAAAGCCCCUUUCAGUGGGUCUGCGUCUCUGGGUGGAAGCAGCAGAUGCGGGUGUUGUUGUUGUCUCCUUUGGCAUUGGGAUCCGAGCUCUCCCGAGUGACUUGGUGGAGAAGAUGGCUGGCGCGUUUGCUCGCCUCCCGCAGAGGGUCGUGUGGAGAUACUUUGGACAGAAGCCAGACAACCUGGGUGAGAAUACACUGAUGAUGGAGUGGCUGGCCCCGAAUGACCUGCUAGGCCAUCCCAACGUAAAAGCCUUUGUCAGCCACUGCGGGAUGAAUGGUGUAUUCGAGGCAAUUUAUCAUGGUGUACCAGUGGUGGGGUUUCCUUUCUAUGGGGACCAGUUUGACAUCAUGACCAGAGUGCAGGCAAAGGGCAUGGGUAUCCUCAUGGACUGGAGCAAAGUAAAAGAAGAGGAUCUUUACCAGGCCAUCGUCACUGUUAUCUCUGACCCCAGCUACAGAAAAGCAGCCAAGUUCAUUUCGGCUCUGCACCGCGACACACCAAUGCAUGCUCUCAAUAGGACAGUGUACUGGCUGGAGUAUCUCCUUCGUCACGAUGGGGCACCGUAUCUUCGCCCUGCUGUCUACGACCUGUCCUUAUAUGAGUACUUCUGCCUGGACAUCUUGGCCCUUCUCUUAUUGUGCCUGGCUGGUAUUGGCUUCAUCCUCUACAAAGCUGUGGUGUGGUGCAGAAGGAAGGGGGCCAGCCCUGUAUAUCAGAAUGGCAAUUGCACGAAAUGGCACUUCACAGAAGAGAAAAAAUUGCAAUAGUGGCUCAGCAUGUUCUAGGACGUGUUUCUUCACUGUGAAAUGAACUUCUGCAGUGCCAAGAAAUGUGCGGCACACAGGCACAGAGUGAGGCGAGUGAUCAGCAGGUCUGGGUGCUGUCCUCCUGGCUGAGAGGAGAGCGGGGAGGGAAGAACAUUGCGAAGGCCUGCGUGCACACCUCUGUGUACAGCAUCUGUGGGCGGGGAGGCAAAUUCAGGCAUGGGUGGAAAUACUUGGCCAGGACGCUGGGAAUGGGGCAUGGGUAGGUAGACUUCUAGGGAGGAGUACAAGUUGCUCCCUUUAUAUUGCAUGUUGGUUUAGAUGCUGGUGUUACUCUUCUGGCUUUUUGGAUCUUCAUGGCGGUACUGGAGGUAGGAAUAGCAUCUCGUGUUUGGCAAGUACUGUUUCUCCUCUGCCCCACUGCCAAGAGCCCCAAGAGUUGGGAUUCCUUUAUGUGCUAGUGAGGACCUGAGGUAGAGCAGUGGACAGGAAAGGGCAACAAAAGUGUCAUUUGAAAGAGAAUAAAAUUGGUCUGUUUUAAGUUCUGUCUGUAAAUAUUCUUCCUGCUGCUUCCAUCAACCCUCUGCAAUCUUGUUUGUG